CUUAAAUCAUAGGAAAAAAGGUCUUGACAGUAUAUUAUCAACGACUGGGUAACAUUCACUUUUAAGGCAGCGCGCAGUGCCAUGGGGCUAUGAAGGCCGUGUGGUAAUUGCGGCCGUGGAGUAGGCCAGAGGGACUGAGGUCAGGUCGAGCCGGGGCUAGAAGGCCGAUGGAAGAAGAUUGGACAGCCUCUCUUGUACUUGUUGACCAAGUACUACUCUACACCAUCUAUUUCUUCGCCUGCUCUGCAAUCAUGCCGAAUACUUGACACUUCCGACUAGCAUUAUUCACCGCCCAUAACGUGCUACUCGUCGCAUAUACUCGCGUUCGCGACUCAGGAUCACCGUAAUAACCCCUUUCCGCAACCGCACGUGGCCACGGUCGACAAGAUGGCCAGCACAGGCAGUAAGAGGCAACAGGCUCGUAAUGAGCGCAUGUUGCAGGAUUUGUUGAAGUCUGUACCCGGAAAUGAUAGAUGUGCCGAUUGUGGUGCAAGGAAUCCAGCAUGGUCGAGCUGGAGCCUGGGAAUCUUCCUCUGCAUGAGCUGCGCCGCCCUCCACCGCAAAAUGGGUACUCAUAUUUCAAAAGUAAAAUCGCUGAGCAUGGACAGCUGGUCCCCUGACCAGGUCGACAACAUGAAGCGAGUGGGAAACGUCACAUCGAACCGCGCAUUCAACCCUCAGAACGUCCGACCAGACAUUCCUACCGACGCUGACGAGGUCAGCGGUGUCAUGGAACGCUUCCUCCGCCAGAAGUACGAGCACAAGGCCUUUGUUGGCGCGAGGCCCAGAAGCAACACAGUCGGUGGAGCCAGUAUCAGUUCGACCGAGGGAGUGCCUCCGCCUCUGCCGCCCAAACCUGGAAAGAAGUUUGGUUUCUCGCUCGGUGUUCGCUCGUCAUCAGCCACACAACAAAGAUUCACACCUCCCCUGUCGCCUGCCUUGACUGGAUCCGAUGGCCGCUCGACUCCGCCUGUUGGAAAGAUGAACAAGCAAUCGCGCGUCUUCGGUUCCGCUGUAGGAAAUCAGGAGGAAGAUACAUUUGACACAAAGCUGGCAUCGCUUAGAGAGAUGGGCUUCCCGGACACUCGUCGCAACUCGAUGGUUCUGAAGAGCGUCAAUGGCAGUCUGGACAGGGCCGUAGAGACUCUUGUGCGCUUGGGUGAUACAACUUCAGGAGCACAGGGUACCUUGACCCCCAUGUCGGGUAGCACCAGCAGUUCAAAUGCGAACGGCAUCUACAUUGAGAAACAGCGCGCUCAGCCAGAGAAGGCCGCUUCUUCGACGAAUCCCUUCGAUGCACUGGACUUGCAGCCACCACGCCGUGCCUUUACUCAGCCCAUCAUCUCGACCGCAGCUCCGCAACCUUCCUACAAUCCUUUCCUCCAAUCUGCCCAGCCACAGCAACAGCAACCUCUUCAGAACUCUUUCGCCGCCAUGCAAAUCGCAAACCAGCAACCUCAGCAAUACCAGAACAAUCCUUUCAUGCCCCAGCAAAUGCCACAACCCAUGCAAGCUCCUAUAUAUCAACCCCAGGACGCACAGCAAUAUCCGCAAUCACAAGCACAAUCUAACCCCUUUUUGAGAAAAACCCAGUCUCAAACAUUUGCUCCUUCAAAUCCUUUUGGCAUACAGCUUUCGACCGCUCCACAAAACCCAUGGCUCGCACAGCAGCAAGCCCAGUCGCCUGCUGCAAUCUACCAGCAGACACAGGACUUUUUUUCUGCUCAACCACAGCAGCAGCAGCAGCAGCAGCAAAAUCCUUACCAACAGCAACCACAGCAGCAACAGCAGAAUUCUUACCAGCAACAACAACAACCGCAGCAGCUGGCUCCCCAACACACGUCGAAUCCCUACGGAAACAUGACAUCUCAACCUUCUUCCACUCCCUUCCAACUACCUCAAUCUAGUCAACCCGAACCCUAUCAAUCCUAUCAAUCUGCCCAACAGCAGCAGCAGCAGCAGAUGCCACAGCAAAUGCCUCAACAACAGCAACAGCAACAACUCUACCCACAACCCACCGGCCGCUACGGAAAAAUGGACAUCAUGGCCCUCUACGCCCACCCCCAACUCGCCCCCUCCCGCCCCCUCCAAUCCCUCCCCGAAAACAGCAUGGCUCCCCAACAACCCCAGCAACAAGAAAUGCAAGCUCCCCAAAUGGCACCACCGCAAAGAAGCGUCACUAUGCCCGUGGGGAGUGGCAGUAUGAAUCCCUUUGGCACGGGCUUUGCUCCACAACAAGAGCAGCAAGCUAGAGUGGGUGCUAGACAUGUUAGUCAAGAAAGUAGGGAUUUUGUGGGCAUGGGUAAUGGGAGACCGCAUAGUCCUGAUGCAUUUGCGGGGUUGAGUGCGAGAUAUGCUCGUUGAUUGUUCUUUUUUGUUUUUUUUCUUCUUCCUUGGUUAUACCCCAUCUUCUUGUCUCUGCUCUUCUGCGUCUUGGGGCUAGUCGUUCUUUCCUUUCGCACAUUGGAGUAAGGCGUUUCCACGCCAUCUUCUUCAUAACUUGAGGCUCUCCGGAAUCGGGGUUACUCUUUUUGUUACGUAUUCGGGAUUCAGGAGCACUGCAUUCAAAACUUCCUCGGUUCUCUUUCUGAGCCGCGACCUUUCUUUCUUCUUGUUACGUAUAGUUUUUGCUUUUCCCUACUUGGAUUAGAAAAAUGAUUUAGCGCUGCUUUUUUACCUUUGGUAAGAAGAAGGCUGUUUCUAACUGCAAGUACCAUGGUCGUGUUUCUUCUUUCCAAAUCGUUCUAGUCGUUUUGCUUGACGUGUUUGUGAA